AGUUGCUAUGUCGGCACUGGUGGCUGCAUAAUGUUAUCUGAACAAGUCUUCCAUCAGUGUAGUGCAAGACAGCAUCGCGUUUUUUCUCGCAACAUUACUCAGAGGUGAAAGGUCGAAGUAAUAACACGCCAUGUCAGGCGCUAAGAGGAAGGGGCUGCCCCCGAUUCAGAAGGGUCCGACAAUGAUGGCCCCGACACCGCAGAUUGUGGAAUCCAUGGAAGUGGAGACGAAGGAUCUGACAACGUUUGAAGAACAGGCAUUGGUCAUUGAUACCAACUUGCUAGUGGGCCCAGUGUAUGACAAUUCGAAACAGCGCGCCAAAGCUCUCAGGGAACAGCUUGGUGAUAUCAACACCCGCCUUCAAACGACUCUCACCACAUUUGAUACAGUGAAGCCUGUUGACCAAGAUGCAGAUAUGCUGGGGGAUCUGGCCAAACAUGCAGACAGCAUGGCAAGUGGUCAGAUGAAGGCAACGCUGAAACACUUCAUCAACAACUACCGCGACAUGUCGUCACACAUACAUGACUCAAGCAAGGAGAGGGAGGAUAUCCUCUUCCAGCUGUCGGAUUGGUUCACCAUUGAUCACAUGGAUGACCUGUAUGGCCCCACAACACACAAGGAGGAAGAGAAGGAUGCUGAGCAGGGGUACACUUCAGCUCUUGUCAGCUUUGAGAAGUUCAAACGUUUGCAAAAAAACAUCAAACAAGCCAGCGCCAAAGGUCUGAAUGUGGAUCACCUGUUACAAGAGAAGAAGAGGAUGGAGAAGGAAGUGAUGGUGGGAUUCAAGCACAUGAAGAAAGGGAAAGAAAGCAGCAAAGCCCCGUCAAGUGGCAGUCAGUCAACAUGGCGGCAUGCAGCAGACGAAGUGGUGUCCAUGUUGAGGAAAGUCCGUGGUGAAGGCACUGAUGAAAUGGACGCUGUGAAGAAGAAGGUAGACCUCCUUGUCUUGGAACUGAAACAGAAGACGCAGUGUACCGAUCAGUUGAGAAAGGAAAUCAAAGAACGGAAGAAUAUGAUGUCCAGAUAUACUGAUGACAACUCAGACCUCACUGAUGAGGUUGCCAGGCUCCGAUUCAAGAUCAGGAAACUGGAGGCCAACCUGGAUAAUGCUACUAAGCUGCUACAUAACCAGAUAGACCUGAAGAAUAUCCAGCUGCCCAAACAGGAGGAGGAGGGAACGGGGAAGGAGAUCACUGUCACUGUGUCCUUCAUCUUGAAACAGCUUGGAGAAGUCACGGACGCCAACAACUUGAAGCGUAUGGACAGCGAUCCUGCCUUUCUGAGGAAGCAGAUCCGUGAAAACAGGGAGACUAUUGAGGCAUUCUCUAGGGAGCUGAUCAAGCUGAAUGAGAAGGUUGAGAAGAUGGAGUUACAGAUGAAGCAGAAGAACAUAACAUGUGCAAUGGUGAAAGUGUUGCUUGUUGUCAGGAUUGAGAUCCUGUCGGACCUUGAGCUUGUUGGAUGA